UCUACUAACGAUGAUAUGGCAUUGGUGCUAUUCGACACGGUUUUACGCCCCGCCGCAUUGCGGCGGGUGGUAAAUCUAGUUUUGACUUAUAUUUAUCUAUAAUAUUUUGGUUCUCGGUUUUAGUGUGCGAUACAGACAUCAACGCUACGAUUAGAUUACAUGUUAUAUGCAACUUUUUCUUAACAAAAAAAAAAUAAUAAAAAAAAAAACCCUCUUUUGAGCACUAAACGAGUUACCAGUAAUCGUUCUAAAACCCUACCUCAAACAUUCAUCGCCUCGACACCUCAAUUCUCUCCCAAAUCACCAACACAAUGUCUUCAAUAAUCUCUUUACCAAAAUCCCAAAUCUUGAACCACAACUUCUUCUCAAAUCUUGCAAGAAUCACAGGUUCCCAACAACAUGCCUUCAAAUCCCUCCACUUUUCCACCUCUUUACCCGAACCCGAAACACCCAUUUCACCCCACGACCCAGAUCCCCUCCCGACCCAAAACCCACAACCCGACAAGAUCAACAAUCUUGGACCAAGAACCCCAAGAGGUAAGCAACGAAACCCUGAAAAAUUGGAAGAUAUUAUAUGUAGAAUGAUGGCUAAUAGGGCUUGGACCACUAGAUUACAGAACUCAAUUAGAAGUUUAGUUCCUGUGUUUGAUCAUAAUCUUGUUUAUAAUGUGUUACAUGGUGCUCGAAACCCUGAUCAUGCCUUGCAGUUCUUUCGCUGGGUUGAGCGGUCCGGUUUGUUUAAACACGACCGCGAAACGCAUUUUAAGAUUAUCGAUAUAUUGGGUAAGGCUGCUAAGUUGAAUCAUGCUAGGUGCAUUUUGUUAGAUAUGCCGAAAAAAGGGAUCAAAUGGGAUGAGGAUUUGUUUAUCGUUUUGAUCGAUAGUUACGGGAAAUCGGGUAUUGUUCAAGAGAGUGUUAAGAUUUUUAGGAGUAUGGAGGAAUUGGGUGUGGCGAGAACGAUAAAGUCGUAUGAUGUUUUGUUUAAGGUGAUUAUGCGACGAGGGAGGUAUAUGAUGGCGAAACGGUAUUUUAAUAAGAUGUUGAGUGAAGGGAUAAACCCGAGUCGACAUACGUAUAAUGUUUUGAUUUGGGGGUUUUUUCUUUCGUCGAGGGUUUCGACUGCGAAUAGGUUUUUUGAAGAUAUGAAAAGUCGAGAGAUUUCGCCGGAUGUUGUUACGUAUAAUACUAUGAUUAACGGGUUUAAUCGGGUGAAAAAGAUAGACGAGAGUGAGAGGUUGUUUGUUGAAAUGAAAGGAAAGAAUAUCGAACCGACGGUUAUCACUUACACGACAAUGAUUAAAGGGUAUGUUAAUGUCGGUAGAGUUGAUGACGGGUUAAAGUUGUUUCAAGAAAUGAAAGGUUUCGGUAUGAAACCGAAUGAUUUCACGUAUUCGGCUUUAUUACCGGGGCUUUGUGAUGCUGAUAAAAUGGCUGAUGCAAAUGCGAUCGUGAAGGAAAUGGUGCACCGUCAUAUCGCCCCGAAGGACAAUUCCGUCUUUUUACAGUUGAUUUCUGGUCAAUGUAAGGCGGGUAAUCUUGAAGCAGCUGCGGAUGUGCUUAAGUUCAUGAUGCGAUUAAACGUCACUCCUGAAGCUGGACAUUACGGUGUUAUAAUCGAAAACCUUUGCAACAACGGCGUUUACGAUGAGGCUGUUAAGUUAUUAGAUCAACUUAUAGAAAACGGAGCCGUGUUGAACACUACAGGUAAGUUAGGGCUUGAAUCAACUGCGUAUAACCCGAUGAUCGAAUAUUUAUGUAACAACGGUAUGACUAAUAAAGCCGAAACGUUAUUCCGCCAGUUGAUGAAAUUAGGUGUUUUGGAUCCGGUUGGAUUUAAUAGCUUAAUACAGGGACAUUCAACCGAAGGCUCACCUGAUUCGGGUUUCGAAAUUUUAAAAAUCAUGAUGAGGAAAAACGUCCCGUGCGAAGAAGCUUCUUACAAGUCGCUAAUCGAGAGUUACUUGAAGAAAAACGAGCCAGCCGAUGCUAAAACCGCAUUCGAUUGCAUGAUCGAAACCGGACAUAACCCGGAUUCGUCUCUUUACGGGUCGGUAAUGGGAAGUUUAUUCGAAGACGGAAGGGUACAAACCGCGAGUCGGGUGAUGAAAAUCAUGAUUGAAAAGGGUUUAAAAGAGCACAAAAAUUUGGUUUCGAAAAUCUUGGAAGCACUUUUAUUACGGGGUCAUGUUGAGGAAGCGUUAGGAAGAAUCGACCUUAUGAUGAAUGUCGGGUUUGACCCUGAUUUUGACCAUUUGUUAUCGGUUGUAUGUGAAAAAGGAAAGACGAUUGCUGCUGUGAAGCUGUUGGAUUACGUUUUGGAGCGAGAUUAUACGGUAGAAUUUUCAACUUACGAUAAGGUUUUGGAUGCGUUAUUAGCUGCUGGAAAGACGCUUAACGCGUACUCGAUUUUAUGUAAAAUUAAAGAGAAAGGGGGCGUUACGGAUAAAAGCAGCGGUGAGGAGUUGAUCAAGAUUCUUAACGAACAGGGGAACACAAAACAGGCCGAUAUUCUAUCUAGAAUGAUCAACGGGGCAGGUGGCAAGAAAGGGAAGAAACAAGCAUUCAUUGCAGCUUAAUGAAACGUGAGUCGAUUUAUAGUGUCUUUUUUCUGUUCCGCAUAAUAAUAUUUGCUAGAGUUACUGCAACAUGCAUCACAUUCACUGUUUUAGUUCAGGUUUUAGAACUAUCUCAUAGAACAUAUUGUUUUUUUAUUUGAUCUUCGUUAAGACGGAGACUUUUGUGUUUUCGUUAUGCACCCGAAACCAGUUUUGCAUUGUUUGUGUUUUAUUUGGCUAGUUGAGGAAAACAUCUGCUAUGACAGCCUCUCUUUUGGCUCAUUUACGGUUGUUUGGGACCGCGUUUUAAAAUUCUAGAUCUGUUUUAUCGCGUAUUGAUACAUGAAUAAACGCUAGUGUUUGUGAUUGUUUAUUUUAA